AUGGGUGUUCUUUUUGAUGAUGCUUUAGGAGUAACAACUGAACGUCGAGCAGGGCAUUUUCGUAGACGUUCAGCAAGUGAAAACUUGUGUACGGCACCGAAUCUCAAGAGUAUCUUGAAAAAAUGUGCUUCGCGUCGCGGACGCUCACAUUCCGAGAGUGAAGUUACUGGAAGAGUAAAAAACACUGCUGAUGCCGGCAAUGAAGUUGCUGGUUGGUUUUCACACAAGAAGCAUGUAACGUUUAGUGAACGAUUGGUGCAGGAGCGUUUAUUCCGACGCAACUCAAGCAUUUUUGGCCGGAAGAAGAAGAAUAUUCGAAAGGAGCAAAAUAAGCUGAAGAAGAAGGGUUUAGGGCGCAACUUGAUGCAGCUCCAUCGUUCGAGCAGUGAUACGAUACAGACUGUAAAGAAUGAGGACUAA